GAGAAAUCGAGGAUCGAGGCUUCUGCGCGUUUGGGGGUGGUCAUCUUUGCAUCCGGGAGGCUCCUCGUCGACACGGGUUUGGGAUUCCCUUGGGAAUUUUGUUACGAACGCACGUCGCCAGGGAGGAGCACAUGCCUUGAGGGGAGCGGAUACUAACGGGAAGAGAUCCAGAGGCUUUGCGCCCUGCUCGGGCAGCCGAGCCAUAGGCUCGUCAAACGACUGCCAAGGAUGAGGAAUUGGUUCCCAGAAAGGCCCUGGGGUAUCAGGAUCCAUUUCUCUCUCAGAGCCCGCUGGCUUCCACGCCGCAGAUGGAGGGGCAGCAGCAGCAACACCAGUGGUUCUCCACAGAAUUGCCAGGGACCCUCACAAUGGACAAGUCCCUCUCCUGGCAUGGCGCCAUUGGGGAACCUGAACAAUAAUCAUAGACCGUCGGCUCGGAGGAAAGAGAAACGCCACCACCACCACCACCAGCUGGCCACAUCCAGCGAGGUGGUCCACGAUGCCUCCGCGAACUGGAGAUCCUCAGCGGGACGCCGCAAAGCAGGGGACCACGACACCAAGAGAACAUUCCCAUGGGUCUAUGCGGUGGUGGUGGUGGCGUCAAGUAUCGUUGCUCAAUGUCGGCGUCACAGAGGGUGUAUGGGGUUGGUGCCGAAUUCUCCCUUUGCGACAGGAAAUUCAUCAAAUCUCAAGUCUCGAUAUGGCGGCGGGCACCAUCGAGUUGGUGACCCCGUUGGCCCAGACGCAUAUUACAGGCACACGUGUUGUCGAGGUUACAGCUUCACCAACACCUGCACCAACCGCACCACCAACCGCCGCACCGACAGCCGCACCGACAGCCGCACCAACACCUGCACCAACAGCCGCACCAACCGCCGCACCGACAUCCGCUCCAACAUUUUUCCUUGCCACAAGCGCUCCAACGGUCUACCCAACACCAUUGCCAACGAUGGUUGUACCAACACCAGUCCCCACGAUGGUUGUACUCGACGACCCGCACGUGACCAACCUGCAGGGCGACCGCUUCGACAUCCGCAUGCCGUCGUCCGAUUGCGUUUUGCUCCGCGUGCCGUUUAGCAACGAGGACCCGGAGCAACUCAAGAUGAGCGUCAGCCUGGACACCGACGGCGUGAGCCCGUGUGGGCUCUACGUCAAGUCGGUCGCCUUGAGCGGCUCGCUGCUCGACCAUCAGGUUGUGCAUGUCCGCCCGCACACGCGCAAUGCCGCUGGGUCAAACCAGGCAGGGGACAAGACGUUGACUAACUUCUCAUUGCAGGUGGGCAACUCGAGCUGGAGAGACUUCCACUUCCCGAAAUCCGAGGGCGUGGGCGCCGACAUCCCGGGCGCGAGCGUCGGCGUCCUGACCGCCCGCUUCGUGUGGAGGGAGGAAUUCGGGCAGCGCGUCGAGGCGCAGGGCGUCGAGCUCCGCGUGGGCAGGGGGGAUCGGCCAGUCGUGUUCACCAUCUCGCAGGCCAAGCACCAGGC